CAACGUCCUAGAGUGAACCCUCCAGUUCAUAAAAAAACGAGAGGUAAAUCACACAGAGAACCAUCAGCAAUGGCGAAGAUUUCUAGUAGCACCGUCGUUCUCCUGGUGUUUCUCGUCUCGUCGUGGGGGGCAUUGCCGGUGUUGUCCCGUGGAGGGAUGGAGGAUGGAGGAGGCGGUAUCGGUGCUAAUAUUGGGCUUCAAAAGUCUAUCGGUGCUAAUGUUGGUGUUGGUGCGAAUGGAGGCGCCGGUGCUGGUGCUGGUGCUGGCAUUGGAGCAAAUGUAGGUGUUGGAGCAAAUAUAGGUGCCAAUGCUGGUCUUGGUGCCGGUGCAAAUGGAAACGGUGGUGCUGGUCUUGGUGUCGGUGCACAUAAAUCUAUUGGUGCUAAUGUUGGUGUUGGUGCGAAUGGAGGCGCUGGUGCUGGUGCCGGUGCUGGUGUUGGUGCUGGCCUUGGAGCAAAUGUAGGUAUUGGAGCAAAUGUAGGUGCCAAUGCUGGUCUUGGUGGUGGUGCUGGUGGUGGUGCUGGUGCUGGUGGUGGUGCUGGUGCUGGUGCGAAUGGAGGCGCUAACAUUGGAGCUGGCAUUGGAGCAAAUGUAGGUGCCAAUGCCGGUCUUGGUGCCGGUGCCGGUGCACAUAAAGGUAUUGGUGCUGGUGUUGGUGCUGGCCUUGGAGCAAAUGUAGGUAUUGGAGCAAACGUAGGUGCCAAUGCUGGUCUUGGUGGCGGUGCCGGUGCAAACGGUGGUGCUAGUGCUGGUGUUGGCCUUGGAGCAAAUGUAGGCAUUGGAGCAAAUGUAGGUGCCAAUGCCGGUCUUGGUGUCGGUGCACAUAAAGGUAUUGGUGCUGGUGUUGGCAAAUGAUGGAAGCCGAAAACAAAUAAGUCAACUAAAGGUGACGUCGAUUCUAGCUACGAAGAGAAGGAAACCGAAGCAAGUCAAUCAACUAAAGAUGAGACCGGUUUUGACUACGUUUCAAAGAACAAGGAACUUUAGAGAGCCAUUACAUGAUUUAGCAUGAUAUUUACUCAUUAUCAUUUCUUUUUACUUUGUUACAUUCUUUUCAAGAUUCUACGUUAUAUAUACUAGCAAAGCGUCAUGCUGAGUCAUGCCUCACAUUGGAGGGUGCAAAUAUCCUACCAAUUAGAGAUAUGUCCUAAAGACAAUUCUAGAGACAAGAUUAUAUAAUGUUGUAUCCAUGAGUUAUGAAAUGUUCCUUGAAUAAUUUUUUUA